UGGGAAAGUAGAAUGCACCAUGUGCACGGAGACCUCAUUCCAACGUCAUACCUCCUUGCACCUCAGUUUUCUGAAUGUCUACUCCAUUUCAUCUACUGAAACUUCCACUCGUUGCUCAACAAGAAGUUUUCAAAAAAUUUGAAAUCGUCGACAUUGUUGAAAUUUCGUUCACAUCCACCCGAGUGCGAGACACCCUCCGAUCUACCAGGUUACGAGCAGUUGAACACCAUGUCAAGUUUUCUCAUGACUAUCCGUACAUUACGACAAAGAGUAAGAACGAUGGAGAGUGUUGUUUACGACUGGUGUUCCUUCCAUUCCCUUUGUCGAUCCAAAACAGGCCGGAUAUGAAAAUCGGCUGUCACCAAUUUGGCAAAUGCUUUGUGCCAGAUGACACCAUUCUAUGCACUCAUCACAAUGUGGAAUUCGCGGCAUCAAUCCUUUUUGACUACAUUUUUGCAAUCUUCCCAGGACCUGUAGAUCUCAAGCUUAGCGUUUGUAACAUUCGAAAUUUGAGUUCGUUACUGCUCAACAAGAACUUCACAAACUGCCAAAAGCUUGAAGUGCACGAAACAGCUGAAACUGAAGUGUGCCCACUAGAUUUGGAGGAAAUUGUGAAGGAGGUUCGCGUGGAAAAAGAGAUUAACAUUUAUACUACACAGUGUGAAACAGUUCGAAUUGAACAGAUUUUCAACUUGGAAACUGUCAUCUUACACAAUGCACAAUGGAUAACUUUACCUGAUCUUCUAUCUUUGAACUGCAGAUUUGGAAGUUUUAGAAAAUUUAAUAUAAAUCAAAAUUUAUUGGAAGCAUUCUCUAAAAAUUGGUUAAAUUCGAAGAGCAGGACAUUGGAGUUUAUGAAGUUUGGAUUCCCGGAGCACGGUGUAAGUUUUCAAUGGAACAAGUCUGAGUUGCCAUUGAAACCAUGGAAUCCUCAAAUAAGAUCGCGUUAUUACUAUCUGAAAAAAGAUCUUUCACUGGCUGGAAUCGAGAAGUCAUUUGGUUCAAACUACAUCGAUUGCUCGGAAGGAUUGGAUAUUAUUCGUUCAGAUGGUCUCACGGCAACAAUACUUAUUCAAGAUAAUUUUGAUAAGAAUAUAUUGUUUCUUGUUUGGCGUGAUCCUCAUCCUGAAAAUUCAAGAAUCACUGAAUUGAAAGAGCAGAUCUUAGUGGAAAUAGAUGCAUACACAGAAGCCAAAACCCAGCAAACGAAUCCAUACUUUACACACAUUUCUGACAGUUUCAUGAACGAUACAGAAAGUACUGAAUAUGAUUUAUUUGGAAUUGAUAUGUUUCUGAAGUUAUCACCAAAAGAUGUUAUUUACGAAAAAGUGGAGAAAGUUUUCCGAUUGAAAAAGGAAAUCAAAAUGUUGAGAGAACAAAAAUUCGAUGUUUAAUGCAUGUUCCGUGUUUUUAAUGUAAUGUAUGUAUAUUUAAUUUUGCUAAUUUUUAAUAUAUUGUUUCUUAUUUCAAAUCUUCUAUAAACAUUUUCUUUAUAA